AUGCUCAGCAGGAAGCCAAGACCCACCGCCCUACCCCUCCUCCUGCUCUGCCUCUCCUUCAGGGAGGCCCUGGGGUUGUGUGAGAAGGGCAGCGCCACCGAGUGCCAGGGGGCGUCCUUCGUGCCGGGGGCGCAGCUGGCGGGCGAGGGCUACGACGUGGUGACCCUGCAGACCACGGGGGCGUUCGCCGUGGACAUGGAGUCCUGGCGGGACACUGAUGGGACCUGCACUCUCUGCCGCAACAGGCUGCGGGGGGGGGCGCGCCAGAGGCUGCCCACCUCCAUGGCGGACUGGCGCACCCUGAGUUCGUGCCAGCGCUUGCUCUCCAGCCAGCUCUUCCGCUCGGACGUCCAGCUGGCGGAGUCGGCGGCAUAUGCCAUCAGCAACAACUGGCAACAGGGCCUCUCGCUGCCCAUCAAGCCUGGUGCCAAAGCCAACCUGGUGUUGGCCGGCUCCAAAUCCAAGAUGGUGAGCUUUGGCACCUCCCGCUCCAAGAGCGACCGCUACAGUUUCACCAGUCACCAGUUCCAGUGCCACUACUACCAGUAUCGGGUGAAGGACAAGCCCCUCCUGGCACCUGAGUUUGCCCGCUCUCUGUCCACCCUGCCCCAGGAACUGAACAACGCCACCAGGCCCCAGUACAAGAGGCUAGUGGGCAUCUAUGGCACCCAUUACCUUCGGUUGGUGGAACUGGGAGGCAGCAUCAGCGACGUGACGGCUAUUCGCACCUGCAAGGUGGCGUCUGAGGGCAUCACCGCAGAGGAGGUGAAUGACUGCCUGGCCCUGGAGUCCGGCGCUAAGGUGGGCCUGGCGGUGGGGGGCACAGCCGGCCUGUCCCGCUGCCGGGAGAUGGGGCGCAGUGCCGGGCUCGUCACCAACUUCAGCCAGGCCUUCGGUGACCGGGAAUCGGAGGUGACGGGGGGCCAGGCGAUGGCGGGGAGGGACCUGCUCUUCUCCGGCGACAGCACGGCCUUCGCCCGCUGGGUGGAGAGCCUGACCUCCGAGCCGGGGGCCGUGCGCUACGCCCUGGAGCCCCUCCACCACCUGCUGCCGGCCAAUGACACCAAGCGAAAGAACUUGCAGCGCUACAUCAGCGACUACAUCAUGCUCAAUGCCCUCUCCCAGCAAUGCAAGGCCAACGCCCCGUGCCCCCACGGUUCCUACCGCAACCCCCGCCAACCGUGCACCUGCUUGUGCCACGAGGAUAGCCGCAUGGACCGGGAUUGUUGCCCCGUACAGAAGGGCCUGGGGCACCUGGUGGUGACGGUCAAGGAGGGCCGGGACCUCUGGGGGGACGUCUUCUCGGGCACCGAUGGCUACGUGGUGGUCAAGUACGGCCUGACGCAGGCCAGGACCAAUGUGAUCUUGAACAACAACAACCCGAAGUGGAAUGCCAGGCUGGACCUGGGGGCAGUGAGGGCGGACGUCGGGCACAGGCUGGACGUCGAGGUCUGGGACAGCGACAGGGGCGCCCGUGAUGAUGUCCUGGGGUCCUGCCACCUACCCCUGGCCUCGGGCACCCACGCCCAGGUCUGCUACCUCAAGUACGGGAAGGUGAUGCUCGACGUCUCCUUCGAGUGCGGGCCGCACCUAGGGGGCGCCACCUGCCGCCACUACAUGCCGUGGCCCAACGGCACGUCCCUGGGCCCCCUCCUGCCCGGCUCCGGCCCCGGGGAGCCGCCCCUGCCCAAAGUGGUGUUCCCGUGACGAUCCCCGCCCUCGCUAGACCUCCUCGAGCAACAGGAUCACUGCGCAGACAAGGAAGCAACC